CGAGUCGGACGACUAGGGACUGGGCUGCUGCCAGCAACUUGGCGACUGUCGGUCAGUAUCCAGUAUCCGCGCGUUCCCUUUAGCUUUGCAAAAGACAAACUUUUCUCUGGGGCCGCACACCUGCAGUCACUGGCUAAUUCUUGCCUUUUCCGAUCGAGAACCGUGGCGUCAAACUUUGCGUCCAGCUUAACCAUGAUCAUUGUUCUACCUUCCCCUAUUUCAGUGCUUGUGGAUAUAGGAGCUUACACUGUUGCACCAUGACCGAAGAACUGACACGAGUCACCCCGGGCCAUACGACCCCCUUGCACGACCCAACAUAUCUGAAAUCACCUGUACAAUGCAUCGUAAACUCCUUGGAACCUAAUUCCCUUCUCUCCAACCACGACUUACUGGACGCAUAUAGUACCUUUUCCAAUAGAAUCAGGGCUGAAGCUCAAAAACUUCAGCAGAGUUCUGCAUCACUACCUGCCUUGGAGUUCUUACGCAUGAAGACACAUGCAUUGAGCCAGGCUUUACGGCGCGACAUAUCCCUUGCUCAUAUUGAUCCAUUUGUACUACCUCGAAUUUUUACUCCCGGAGAAUCCACACCCUCAGUGCCCCGACAAUCAAAUGCCGAUGUAGUCAAACAUGCGGGAGAUUCGUCUGCCCUUUGCCAGCAGGCCCUUUGCGCCCUUUCUGUCGUUUUCAGAUUCCAUCAUCUGUAUUCGUUGUUUUCUGGCCCCGAUAUCUCGAGUCUUUUAGCCGAAAUUCUUGACAUUACACUCUCUCGGCGACUGCCUAUUCUGAACAGCGCGAAAAUAUUUUCUAUUGCGUUGUGGAUCUUGCGCUCUCAGCGAUUGCCGCAAAGUUCGUUAUCACCUCGAGCAUCAGAUAUAGUUUCCGUCCUUCGAAGUGCAUUGCACAUUCAACCUAAUAUACAGCCAUUCGCUCAGCAUGCAGAGGACGGCCUUAAGGGCAUAUGCCACCUGUUGGAAUUCUAUCCAACAACGUUCUUCAUUUAUGCAAUUCAGCUGCUGCCUUCGGUCCUCUCGCAUUUGCUGUGCAAUUCUUCUGCCGUCCGUCUUCAAGCUGCGCUGGCUCUGGGGAGAAUAGCUCUAAAUUUACUGGACAACUCCCUUGACAUCUCCCCUGAUCAUCGCAAAGCUGUGUCAGACUUCGUUCUGGACUUCCUCGACAAACAAUGUGCCAGAACAACUUCAUCGCAGAUCCCGGAACUUCAACGCAUUGCCCAGGCAGCCAUGUCUGUGGAGGAGGAACCCGAACUUGCUGAGGGACCCGUUUGGUUUUUGUCGAUGAUUGCUUCCCUCAUCAUCCUCUCCGAUCAUUGUUUAUUUUCUCACUUCGGCGUAUUCAAAUUUGUCACGCGGCUCACUGGACUGGCCCUUGCACAUCGGAGAUCGGUGGUUCGGGCGUUGGUUCCACACCUCUUUUUAUGCAUUGUGAUCGUAUUUGCGAGGAUACCUGAUGAAGACGUGCGCACCAAAGAAGCUAUCUUCCACCUCCUUGAUCGGGAGCCUGGGGGUGGCCUAGGAGUGGCGCUUGUUACAGUGCUCAUGAAUACGUCAACCGCGGAUUCAUUGUCCUUAUCUGAGCAGAACACGUCCUUUGACGCGGUACCCAAAGCCCUCACACUCGUGCACGAGAUGUCAUGCAAUUCCGAUAAACGCACCUCUUCGGAUAGUCUUUCGCUUCUUCACAGCCUGAUGGGUGGAGUGGGAGCUCACGCGCAGUCCACCCUUGGCAUGACUGCGAGUCGACCGAGGUUACCCACGCCGUUGUUUGACGGCAGCUUAAUUACUGCCAGCUGGGAUCGAUUGAAAUCUAUACUGCGUUCUAUCCAUCACCCUUUAGCCACAGAGGUGCGGCACCUCUCCGAGGCAGAGAUUAUUUUCCAUGGAACAAUUCUGCGCUCCACGUGGGCACAACUGGCUCAGUCACGGAUUUCAUACGAAAGAUGCUUGCCCCCCAAUUUGAUUCACAUCUGGCAGUCUUUACUCUUAGUAGAGUCACACCUGACCCAAGGAUUCCAUCACCUCACUACUUCUGCAGAUUUCGCGGAAGAAGCGGCGCUCGUCGUCGUCGGCUUUAUUCCAGAGACCCCAGAGAAUCCCGAGGAAACAGAUUCUAUGUUAUCAGUUAUGGCUCAAGUUCGUGCACUGGCGGCCAUCACACAGCUAUGGUCUGUGAUGAAAAACGUCUUCGCUUCACAAUCCUUGUCUACUGCUGCGAAGAUCAUUCUGACGAAUUUGUUGAAGCAUGAUUUCUGUCUCAGUAAUGAGAGCGUGCGGGAUCAGUGGAGCAAGCUCUGCGCUGACCUCGUGGUCGCUGCCAUGCCUUUGUGGACCCAAGAACUUUUUGCUCUGACUUCUUCGCAGAUGACAGAAACAAUCACACGACAAUUGUGGUUACUUGUGGCACAGUCACUUGUAUCACAGUCCGAAAUAUCCUGUUGGCGUGACAUAGUGAAACUUCUCGUCGUUCCUUUGGGGUCGUGGACUAUGUCUGAUGUGGAGUUAGGCGUAUGGAACUCAUUGCUACAGAAGACCAUCACGUGUGCAGGUCAAGAUUCUGCAGCUUCAUCGACUGUCGUCGACGCUAUCGCCCAGGCUGUAUUACCAGUGGCGUGUGUGGAUCGCGUGCUGUUUUUGCAAAUCCCUCUGUCGCACCUCUUGUCUUGUUUCAUCCCUGAUGCAAGCUUGUGUCCUCCAGAUUCAUUAUUGAGCGUCGUCAACUCUGUUUUGCAGAGUACUUAUAAAACUAGUGCGGAGUUGAUGAACGGCUCUUUGCAACUUCUUCACAGCAUCCAAACAACCAUCGUGGUUUCCUCGUCAGAUCAUGUGUUGCGUAUCAUUGAGUUACUUCGGGCAGGACUGCAACUAUGGAUCGAAGACAAAGAGGAGGUGUUAACGGAGCAUGAGUUCAAUUCUGUGAUCAUGCCCUUAUAUUCGGACACGCUCGCUGUCCUGGAACGACAUCCUCUCAGCCUCGACUUUCUGAAUUCAGUGGAAUACUUUUUGGCUGCUGGGUUUUCGCGCAUAAUUGCACCAGCCCUCGCGCCGCUUGCAUUUGAAAGGUUCUGGAGGGCUACAUAUCAUGCGCAACAUCAAUUCUCUUCGGACAUUCCUGAAGGGGUGAUGUCAGUGUUGAAGGUAUUCACUACAGUGUUCGGGGGUGACUUAUUGGCUGGGUUCCCAUCGGACUCACAGUCCACGACAAGCGUUGACUUUCCCUCUUCCCCUAUCAGGGAGAAUUAUCCUCCCGCAGAACCAUUUUCCUCUGCUCCGUUCGAUGACAUACAUUGCGUGGAACACACCUUUGGCAACACGACUCCACGGAGUGUAUCUGUGUCACCUUCUCACAGUGCAUCUACGGUACUCCUGUGUGAUCCCGCAUCGUCUCAAGUUCACAGCCCGCGGAACAACUUAAACAGCGCUGAUGAAAUUAUUGCAUCGAAUGGCCCUGGUCCCCGCCAGGGUAGGGUAAUCCCAUCGAACGAACAGCCAUCUUCAUCACGCUCUUAUCGACUGACACGGUCCACGCAACAAGCUGGCCAAGGAUCAAAAAGAAGACACGAACCACAAGAUACCACGCAUCAAGCUGGCCUAGGAUCAAAAAGAAGUCACGAAUCCCAAGAUACCACGCCACAAAAACGACGCCGAACGAUCUCGGGCAUGCAAAAACCUUGCCCGUCCCGCUUUAUAUCAGAACCUAUCAGUAGAGUCAUGUCCCAAGUUCCCAUUACUCGACUAUACUCGGCUCCUGCCGAACAGGGCAAGAGGAUGGUCCUUGAUAGCGUUGUGCUCCCUACUUUGCGUCAGGUUGUUGCCGCGGAGCAGAGUCGGAGUUUUCAGCUGUCAGCAGGAAGUUCAGCUGAGACGUUCCAAUUCAAUGAACCACCGCGCUCAGCUCAGACACUCUCGGUUGCAUCUGAUGGUUCUGAUGAUUACGACAGCUGGGAGAUUCCUUGCACUGAAAUUAUUACUUCAGAAUUGGAUGUCGAUGAUUCCCUUGUCAAAGUUCCUGAAAGCUCUCUACUUGAGAGUAGCAGUAUUUUGCAAGAAGUCCGGGAAAGCCUGGUGACGCGAGCAGUACCGACGGGGAUGCAGCAACGCUCUAAAUCACAAGAAGCAAGUCAACACGUCGCUCAGUAUCCCACGCCAUUGAAACGUUCAAACACUGGCUCUAGUCAUCUGGAUGCAUUGCGUGACGUGUACGCCGCGGUCGCUAGUGGAGAUUCUGAGAUGCCAGCGCAUGAACUGUUCCAAGCUACCAAACUCGUCCACCAGAUCGGCGUGGCCCUUAGUGAACAGAUGGAUAAGAAGUUUUGGGAUUCUUCAUGAUGAUGUACAUACUGCUCUGCGGGAUGUCGAGGUUCAGGGAACCGCUUAGACGCUAUAUAUUAUUAUUGCUCAUUAUUGGAAUGCACAUGUACUGUAACCAACCGUCCAACGUCUAUUUAUUAAUACACCUUUACGAGGG